AACAUGUGUUGACUCCCUUACCUCUUUUGGAGGGAAAACUUCGAACGAUCUUCGUAAAGAUGUUGAAGUAAAAAUGUGUUAAAAAUAAUAUGACUCUAGAACUGCAGUGUGUAUUGUAAAGCAUGUGGAUUUUUGUGACUGUUUUGAAAUCAUGACUUAAAUGGGUAGUUUGGAAAGCGGUGUUCAGUGAUUGCGGAAAUAAUGAAAGAGUACAAGCUGCCAUGGAUGCUAAUAACUCUGGCAGUACUAGAAGCGGUAGGCGCAACCGACAAGCGGCCGCGGUUUGUCACAGAACCGCCGGCGCGCGUGCUGUGGCCCGCCACGAGAGGCGCGCACGCUCUCUGCCGGGCAACCGGUCACCCGCCCCCGGACGUGCAUUGGGUCACCGCUGAAGGACAACUGUUGACCACUAUACCCGGAUUAAGGCACGUGCUAAGUGACGGCAGGCUAGUGGUUGGGGCAAGACGUUCGCUGAUGGACGCGGGUAGCGGCGCUGGAGCAAUGCUGAGGUGCCGGGCAUCCAACCGAGCGGGAACAGUGCUUUCCAGACCUGUUAUGUUACAACCUGUGGAGGACAGUGUUCUCUCGCACACUGCUCGGCAGCUGAUUCCGGCCAAGAUCGGCGGUGCUGUGAUAUUGAGGUGUGAAUUGUCCCCGCAAGUCGGCUUAGUGGAUAUCACUUGGCUGCAGGAUGGACUCCCGCUGUCCUCUGGAUAUUUAAGUGGUGAACCUCGUUGGGUGUCCGGGGCCAGCGGGAUCCUGCUUGGACUGGACCUGACUCAAGCGGACAUACAGGCGGAAUAUUCAUGCGUGGUGCUCGACACUCCUAGUCCGCCUUUGAAACUCACUACCGACGAUAGUAGCUGGCUGGAAAACAUUGAACUGAAUUCAGUAGAAUCUCGCGUUGGGGACACAGUUGUUUUACCGUGUAUACUACGACAUAUCACUGGACAUGCUGUAAGUUGGCAGCGGCAGGAAGUGUCCGGGACGUGGGCGGCCGUGUCCGGCGAGGGCACGGUGCGCGGCGGCGCUCUCGUGCUCUCGGCCGCGCGCGCUCACCACGCCGCGAGGUAUGCGUGCUCGGCCAAUCCUGAGUCGCCGUCAAGAGUGUUGGUCAAACUGGUGGUUUAUGAACCGCUGACUGUUAGUGUGUCGCCGAAUCCGUUAAUGAUAGGCACAGGCGGGUCUGGUCACCUUAAUUGCUCAGUAGUAGGAGGUCGUGGUGGUGGGGUGACACUGAGCUGGCAACACGAGGGUCGGCCCCUACAUGCGCCUCAGUCUCGUCUAACUGUUGGUCCAGUGCGGUCCCACCAUGCGGGGUUAUACCAGUGCACUGCGCAUGAUCAUUCUGAUUCCGCUGUCGCUGGCGCCGAGUUGGUUAUUGCUGACAGGCCUCCGAGGCUGGUGUCAACAUUCAGCGGAGCAGUUACAAGGAUCGGACAAAGUAUUGUUAUAAGAUGUGCUGCCACUGGAGUUCCCUCACCACGGAUCCUUUGGACUUUAGAUGACAGACCGUUACCCGCUGCUCCAGAUAAGUACAGUGUUAAUACAAGAGCAGAAGCAGUCCCAGGAAGUGAAGAGGGAACUAUAGUGUCCACUCUAAGUGUGACAAUCAGGACAGCAGACGAGGGAGGUAGAUACGGCUGCAAUGCCACCAAUUCACAAGGAUCUCAUGCACACCAAGCAAGGCUGAAUGUUUAUGGUCCACCAAAUAUCAGAUAUUUGCCAGCAUUACACGUAAAGACUGACACUGAUGUGACAAUACAUUGCCCAUAUUCGGGAUAUCCCAUUAAAGAAGUGGUAUGGAAGCGAGAAGACGGUUCAAUAGUAGACAGCAUAUUAGAAUCAAGCGACGAAAGAGGAGUUUUAAGACUGAAUUCAGUAAGAAGUUCGGCGGCGGGCACUUACACGUGUGAAGUGAGGGCUGAGAGUGGCGAACUUGCUCGAAGGACCAUACGCCUUGACGUUCAUAAGCCACCGAAAAUAGCCCCCUUUCAGUUUCCUGAAGAACUUGAAGUGGGGGGAAGCACUCAAGCUACCUGUAGUUUGAUAUCGGGAGACAAACCUAUACAGUUCACGUGGCACAAGGAUAACUUGCCUAUUCCUUCAAUGCUCAAAGUUGAACAGAAAAAUAUGGACUUUUUCUCUCUAUUAAUCAUACAAGAUCUAAGUUCGGCCCACAGCGGCGAGUACACUUGUCGAGCUACAAACGACUUCGGAACAGUCAGCCAUAGCGCUUCACUGAUUGUCAAAGAAUCGCCGACAUGGGUGUGGCGAGCACAAAACACUUCGGUGUCGGCCGGAGCGGCGUUACUUCUGCCCUGCUCGGCUAAGGGACAACCCACGCCUAGGAUAUCUUGGGAAUAUUCUACGGACGGUGACAACUGGCGUCACGUGCUCUGGGGCCAAUCAGAAGCGACGGACACUAGCGGUGGUUCCAUCCUCAUAGAUGGCACUGUCUGGCUUAGAGCCGCCAGUCCUGAACACGAAGGCUGGUACCGAUGCACUGCGAGAGUACAGCAUUCCUUCCUACACCAUUCAUUCUAUCUCGAUGUUAGAGAACCUCCAAGACUUAGCAGAAGUGGAAGCGGUGAGACGAGAUGGGUCGUUAGAGGAACUACAGCGAGACUGUCUUGCACGGUCAGAGGGGAGCCAGAGAUUCACGUCCAUUGGACUCAUGACUCUAGACCCUUAUCUUUGCAUGGUUCAGGUGGCGUGGAAAACCGUGAGACUAGUGGUGGAGCGAUGACGUCAGAGGUGACCAUACCUCACGCCGGACCCGAGCACGCCGGGGAAUACCGAUGUAUGGCACGCAAUCUGUAUGGCAGUGACGAGCUGGUCUACCGACUGUUUGUUAAAGAACGACCGAGCGUGCCAGAAGAGGUGCGUGUAUCAGAGGUAUGGUCACGUAAGGCCCGCGUCACAUGGCGCGUCGCGCGAGGUGCGCUAGUGUCCCACUACUCGCUGCAAUACCGCGCUUUGACGCGCGAGCUAACUCUCGCGCCGGUCGACGCUCCGCUGCCCGCUCUGCUCGACAAUUGGGACACGCAAGAUGUCCUCAACAUCACAUUGGCGAACUCGGAUUUAUUACAUGUCGCGUCUGAAGGGCCAGGCCGGGCAGGCGCGUCCGUCUCUGGCCUGUCCCCCGACACGCGGUACGCGAUGCGAAUGGCCGCGUACAACGACGUGGGCGCCUCGCCUUACACCACGCCGCUGCAUUUCACUACACGGGAGGAAGCGCCCGGAGGAGCUCCUCGCGACAUUACCGUGCGGGCACUUAGGGCGCGAGAACUUCACAUCACUUGGCAGCCACCACCGCGGGAAACAUGGCACGGCACCUUACUAGGCUACACGAUCCGUUGGUGGGAAGUAUCAGAAGAGGGUAAAGGGACACUUAGCGACAGUCCGGGUUCGGAAAGCGGGGCCAGUGCUGACGCAACCAGCACUACUCUGAGAGGACUGAAGGCAGCCACGCGGUACGGGAUUACAGUGCGAGCUUAUAAUGCGGCGGGCACUGGCCCACUCUCCCCGCCACAUUAUCGACACACGCUUGAGUCACCUCCAACAGGCAGUCCAGAAGGAGUGGCCUGUAUAUCUAGCGGCUCCUCAUCUCUUCGCGUAUCAUGGCGGCCACCGGGCAUAGACAACCGAGGCGGGCUGAUCACGCACUAUACGUUACAAUACACGAGACGGGACGCCGACCCCAUGCUGCCGACACAGGACGCGUAUCUAAGGAUACAGGGUGAAGAAGCAACAGUUUCUCGUCUAACUCCGUACGCGGAAUACGAGAUCCGCGUGAGAGCGCACAACGCCGCCGGCGAGGGCCCGCUGUCCGCGCCGCAAGUUUGCAGGACUGAUGAAGACGUGCCGAGUGCACCAGGCGGCAUGAAACUGAUCGCGCUGGGGGAGCGGUCGCUGCGCGCGUCGUGGCUGCCGCCGCCCGAGCCCAACGGCAAGCUCACGCAUUACACGCUCUAUGUCAAGGAUCUGUCUGGGUCACAAGAGCCCAACGUUACCCGCGUAAAUGCAUGCGCCGAAGUUGAGGGGACCACUUCAGAAUGUAUGCGGACCAUGCGAGGUCUUCGCGCAGGCCGUACUUACGAGGCGUGGGUCCGUGCUGCCACUGCUGCCGGUGAAGGUCCACCUUCUCCGGCUGUGGCUUGUCAGACCAGCUCGUUGGCACCGGGACGCAUCUCAUCAUUUGGCGGCGUGGCCCUGGGCGCGGCAGGCGGGUCGUUGUCACUGCGUUGUGUUGUUGGGGGUGCUCCGCCCCCAGCCAAGCGCUGGCUGAGAGCCGGCACUCCACUUCAUCCACGACCGCCAUUCCAUCUUGACGGAGACGCCUUGCUAAUACGAGGUUUAGAAUUAUCCCAUGCUGAUAACUACACAUGCGUCGCGGAGAACCCUCACGGUUCCGACUCUGCAACAUGGCGCGUCAUAGUUCUACGACCGCCGGCACCACCAGGCCUGGCCUUACUUGAAGCAAGGUCCAGGGAACUAGAGCUCGAACUCAGGCCAGCGCCCAGGGCUCCUGGACAUGCUAUUCCUAAGACAUACAGCUUACAUUGGAGAUUGGCGUCACCGGAGGGUGAAUGGCGAAUACAAUUGGCCACUCCCGGUCCGGUGACGUUAUCUGGACUGCGGUGUGGUUCCGCAUACCGAGCGUAUGGUUCGGCCGGAGGGGCUCCGGGUUCCGAACUUGCCGUGCGGACCUCUGGAGGUCCGCCAACUGCUCCUCCAGAUGCGAGGUGGAUCAGAGCGAAUGCAACACAUGCGAGGUUCGAUACCAGUGCCUGGACUGAUGGGGGAUGUGGGCCAGUGGCCUUGAAACUAGAGUGGGCAGGGUCAGGUGUGGCCGGCGCGAGGGAUGUACCUGUUGGAGGAGAAGUUAUUUUAGGAGGUCUAUCGCCGGGUUCGCGGUACCGCGUGGCGGCUCGCGCGUCCAACGAGGCAGGCUGGACGCGCGAGGUGUUCGAGUUCGCCACGCAGGCGUCGGACGGCCACCUCGCGGAGGAGGUGGACGCGCCCUUCCCGGCGACCGCGGGGGAACUCGCGCUGUUGCUGGCGUUGUGCGCCGCGUUGUCUCUCGCAGCGCUCACUAUACUCGCCAUAUUGUUGAGGAGAAAACGGACUGACGGGGCCGUCGCUCGCGUGUCGACGAGCGCUGAGAAGCCCACUUGUGGGACCUACAGGGCGCCACAACAUCAAGCCACUAAACUGCCACCAGACCCGCCAGAUGUGUACGAAAUAAGUCCAUACGCGACAUUCGCGGGCGGCGCGAACGCGUCGUCGGGCGGCGCGCGCGCCUACACGCUGCAGCUGCGCGCGCUAGCCCGGCACGACGACGACGCCGCGCCGCCGCACCACCCCGCCUGCUGUGACGAAGAGACCUGCGUAGACGCAUGCGACGCUCAAAGGCGACGGAGACGCCGACGACAUUACUGCCCGGACCAUGGUUGCUCACAAGAUUCAGGAAGUUGAGAAACGAAACUGCCAAAUUGUUUAGUGAAAAAUAUCUAGUCAGUGUAAUAAUAAUAAAGUUAAUUCGGUUAUACAUAUUAAUAUGUAUACAAAAAUUUAUACAAUAAUAUUGUCUAUUUAUAUUACGCUGUUUUUCUUUAUUCUACCUAUUUUCCCGAUAUUUUCAAUAAAAUGUUAAUGUCACACAUUA